GGGUCCUCGGGAGUCCAGCUGUGCACCGGCUCCGUACUGAGCUGCUGGUCACGGCCCCAGGGCACUGAACAGCCUCCCACCCCUGCAGGCCGCCCCUACCGUGUGAGGAUGUACGCUCCUGCCAGGGGGCUGCUCAUGGCCCUGGCUGUGGUGUUUGGGACGGCCGUGGCAUUUGCACCUGUCCCUCGGAUCACCUGGGAGCACAGAGAGGUAGGACUGGUGCGUUUUCAUGAGCCAGGCGUCUUCAACUACUCAACCUUGCUGCUGAGUGAGUACAAAGACACCCUGUAUGUGGGCGCCCGGGAGGCUGUCUUUGCCCUGAACGCCCUCAAUAUCGCCGAGAAGCAGCACGAGAUAUAUUGGAAGGUCUCAGAAGACAAAAAAGCAAAAUGUGCUGAAAAGGGAAAAUCAAAACAGACAGAAUGCCUCAACUACAUCCGAGUGCUGCAACCACUCAAUGCCGGCAUGCUCUAUGUGUGUGGGACCAACGCCUUCCAGCCCAUCUGUGACCACCUGAACUUAACAGCCUUUAAGUUUCUGGGGAAGCAUGAAGAUGGCAAAGGAAGAUGUCCUUUCGACCCAGCACAGAGCUAUACGUCUGUCAUGGUUGAUGGAGAACUUUACUCCGGGACAUCGUAUAACUUUUUGGGAAGUGAACCCAUCAUCUCUCGCCAUUCUUCCCAGAGUCCACUGAGAACAGAGUACGCUAUACCUUGGCUUAACGAGCCCAGCUUCAUCUUCGCAGACGUGAUACGAAGAAACCUCAAUGACACAGAGGGCGAGGAUGACAAAGUGUACUUCUUCUUCAUGGAGGUGUCUGUGGAGUACGAGUUUGUUUUCAAGCUGAUGAUACCAAGGGUAGCCAGAGUGUGCAAGGGCGACCAGGGAGGACUGAGGACAUUGCAGAAGAAGUGGACCUCCUUCCUGAAAGCCCGGUUGAUCUGCUCCAAACCGGACAGCAACCUUGUCUUCAACAUGCUGCAGGACGUGUUUGUUCUCCGGGGCCCGUGGCUGAAGGAGCCCGUGUUCUACGCUGUCUUCACCCCACAGCUGAACAAUGUGGGGCUGUCGGCGGUGUGUGCCUACAACCUGUCCGCGGUGGAGGAGGUCUUCUCCCAUGGGAAGUACAUGCAGAGCGCCACAGUGGAGCAGUCGCAUACCAAGUGGGUGCGCUACAAUGGGGUGGUGCCCAGGCCGCGUCCUGGAGCGUGCAUCAACAGUGAGGCCAGAGCGGCCAACUUCACCAGCUCCCUGAACUUGCCUGACAAGACACUGCAGUUCGUCAAAGACCACCCUUUGAUGGACGACUCUGUCACCCCAACCGACAACAGGCCCCGGUUAAUUAAGAAGGACGUGAACUACACCCAGAUCGUGGUGGACAGGGUGCAGGCCCUGGACGGGACUGUCUGUGACGUGAUGUUCAUCAGCACAGACAGGGGCGCCCUGCACAAAGCCGUCAGCCUGGAAAGCGGCGUGCACAUCAUUGAGGAGACGCAGCUGUUCCCAGACUUUGAGCCUGUCCAGACCCUGCUGCUCUCUUUGAAGAAGGGCAAAAGAUUUGUCUAUGCUGGCUCCAACUCGGGCACGGUCCAGGCCCCCGUGGCCUUCUGUGGAAAGCACAGCACGUGUGUGGACUGCGUGUUAGCACGAGACCCCUACUGUGCCUGGAGCCCGCACGCCACCGCCUGCGUCACUCUGCACCACGAGCACGGAUCCGGCAGGGGUUUGAUUCAGGACCUGAGUGGGGACGUGUCUGCUUGCCCUGAUAAAGUUCAGGGAAGUUACCAGCAGCAUUUUCUCAAGCAUGGCGGCACAGCAGAGCUCACAUGUUCCCAGAAGUCCAACUGGGCUCGAGUGGUGUGGAAGUUCCAGAACGGCGUGUUAAAGGCUGACAGCCCCAAGUACAGCCUGCUGGGGAGGAAAAACUUGCUCAUCUUCAACUUGUCUGCAGGGGACAGCGGGGUCUACCAGUGUCUGUCGGAGGAAAUGGUGAAGAAUAAAACCGUCUCCCAGGAGCUCGCAAAGCACGUUUUGCAGGUGAAGUUAGCCGCACACACUCUGGUGGCUCCCACCCUGCCGGCUGUUCAGACAGAAGAGAGUAGAAUUGCCCCCAGAGUGUUGGCGGGAGCCACCCUAGGGGCCGCUCCCCAGACACCGGUUGUGCGGGUCACCACACCUGGUGCCGUGAUGACCCCACCCUCCCACCUCGCACCCACGAGCAUGCCCUGCCAGCCAAAGGUCGUCAUCAACACCAUCCCACAGGUCCACUCGGAGAAGACCAUGUACCUCAAGUCCAGUGACAAUCGCCUCCUCAUGUUUCUCUUCCUCUUCUUCUUUGCAUUGUUCCUCUGUCUCUUUUCCUACAACUGCUACAAAGGCUAUCUACCCAGCCCGUGUCUAAAAUUCCGCUCCGUUAUGUUACUCGGGAAGAAAAAGCCCAAAUCCGAUUUCUCUGACUGUGAGCAGAAUGUGAAGGAAACGUUGGUGGAGCAGGGGAGCUUCUCUCAGCAAAAUGGGGAGCAGCCCAAGCCGGCGCUGGACACGGGCUACGAGACGGAGCAGGACACCAUCACCAGCAAGCUCCCCACCGACCGCGAGGACUCCCAGAGGAUCGACGACCUUCCCGUCAAGGACAAGCCGUUUGAUGUGAAAUGUGAGCUGAAGUACGCGGACUCGGACGCUGACGGGGACUGAGGCGGGCUGCCUCUCCUCUUCAGAUGCCUGGCGAGGUCCUCCCGGCUGGCUGGCUGAGCACAGGCGCGUUGGGUGGCAAGGGCGUCUGUGCGCAGGUGCCUCUCGUGCUCUGCCAGGCAGCGAUCCCAUCCAGUCCCGCCCUGCGUAGAGAAGCCCCCAUGCACAGACCCCAGUCCUCUUGUCUGUUAGGUUGAGCUUAUGACUUGGUUUCUCUGACCUUUUGGGAAGCAGCAGGCGGCACACCCUGGUCACGUGUGCCCCAGCUGGCUAGCGUGCUGGAGAAUGCACCUGCAGGAGGAGCCGCCGACUCACCUGAGCCCUUGCUUUUGUUGGGAGAGACACAGGCUCAGCCAAGCCCGUUGGCCCAAGACGAGUUGUACCUUCAGCCUUCCCUCCUCAUCGCGGCCACUAACAAGUAAUUUAAUUCCAGAUUGGAAAUGACAUUUUAGUUUAUCAGUUUGGUAACUUAUAGUCUGUUGUCCAGAUUGGCACGAACCUUGUCUGCCACUUAAUUUUUUUAGGAUUUUCGUUUUGUUGUGUUGGUGUUUUUUUUUUUUUAAUUUCUGAAGCAGAUGAAGAAGAUGUAUCUUCUAGACCUUAUUGUGUAUCGGGAUAGAAUACGGCUUAAGUUGCUGAUGAUUCUCAGGGAUGAACUUACUUUUGCUACAUGUGUUCUUUCUGCUUUUAGAAAUGCAAACCCAAAACCAUCUUUUGAGCACGCUUACUUUUUUUUUUCUCCUUCUUCAUUACUUGAGGGAAAUGUUGUUGCUCUCAGAAAGGUUUUUGUUUCGUCCUUUUUGUGUGUGUUUUUCUCCUUUUUAAAAACCUUCUGAAGAUGAGAAAGCAGCAGAGGACUGCCACACAUCCAUACAACUGGAUUUGGGAUUUUGAGCAGGGACAGUGACCUCGCGGGCUCCAGGUGACGCCCAGACAGCGGAGGCUGGGCUGCACCAAGCCACAGGUGAAGGAGUGAGCACCUUACAACUGGAUGCACACAGCCACUGGCUGAAACCUUCUGUCCAGACUGACAGUGCUAGCCAGGACUUCCAUGGCUUUCUGAACAUCUUUUUCUUUGCUUUGAUCUCACACCCACGGCCCAUCUACAUGAGCUUCUCCACAACUGGAAACGGCCUAGGCGGUGGUAGGCGGGCAGCUGCUCCAGAGGGCCUGGGAGACGCCCUGCGUAGACCGUCGGCCACGCCAGACCUGCCUCUUGGUGGUGGAAGGUGUAAGUGGGUGGUACGAUGUCACCUUUUGUUUGUUACCUUCACCCUUCCCUGACCCUCUGUGAAUACCAUCAGAGGAGACGUUCUUCCUGGCAAGAGCAAUAAACUCUGGAUUUUGUGUGCCUGUGUAGACAGCCUCAUCUUCCAGUAUGAUAUCAUUGGACCAUUUUGGUGUAUACAUUUGUGUUUUAUAAGAUUUACUUUGUUUUUAUUUUUCUACUUUGACUUGUAUAAAUAUGAAAAGUAACUGAAUAAAUAAGAAAUACACGUCCUCGAUCUGGGCAAGACUUUAUUGAGCCGACGAGCUGCAUUUGGCUACCUCCCGCUCUGCAGUGUUGAAGUUGGUGUGUGUCGUGCGUGGGGUGCUCCCAGGCUUCCGCCUUGUGUCCCUGCAUGGCCCCAGGGGGGCGGGCAGCGGAAGGUGGGCCUGGGGGCAGCCGUGAAGUCACUCACUUUCUUUUCGUGUCAUCCGUGUCCAUUUCCUGGUUUAGUUUGCCUUUCUGAGCAUGUGACGCGUUCCUGCUGACGUUUCCUCAGUGCCUUCUCUCUUUUCUAUCCUUUUCUG